UAAAACGAAAGUGCGAAGUUUUUACAUCGUCAUUUUUUACAAAAGGUGUCCAAGUCAUCUUUUAAUUUAGGAGUAUGUUUUCACAAGAAGAUGGAUGCUAACUGGUUGAAUAUUGUCUUAAACGAGUUAUAAGUGUACAGUUAGAUAACGCAAUAAAAUGGCGCGAUCGUCUUCUGCGAUAUUGUUGGUGUUACUUAGCAACAUCGUCUCCAACAAGGCAUUGUUCUACACGAGCAGCAAAGAGAACGACUACCCUAGAAUCGGCAAGAGAACCAGCCUUAUAGACAUCAUAGACUCUAUUGCCCGCCGCGAAAUCGCCGACCGCUCCCAACAAACCACGGUCGCUCCGCCUUGGGUAGACGAGGAAUCGGCGGAACUAUUUCGCGGCGUCCUUUAUCCAUAUGACGUCAUCGACAAGGGCAAUAACUACAGUGAAGACGCGGGAAUGUUCGAUCACCAUAAUCUUGACUGCCGGAGUAUACUACGUCGACUGCUUAGUCGUAAUCCCAAUCGUGUACGGAACCCCAAUAAAUCUAGAAGAGAAUCGAAUCAAUUGAAGACCUUGGAGCCCGAGGUUGUGAACACCUGGUAUAACGAGAUCGAUGGUUGAGAAGACAUGCAGUCCAAUUAUCGUAGACAUACAACAAUUACAAAUUACCGGUAUUAUUAUAACAUUAUACAUACUUUGGAAAUGAAACUAAGUUAUACACAUAUAUAUUGUACAAGAAAAUAUAUUGGCAAUAGAAGAAUUCGAACAUUUCCAAACUCCUCCAUUUACCUUAAAGUGUUUAAUGUUCAAGAAUACAAUGUCUGCAUUAACUGAAGACAUGCCGCUGCUGUGAAUAAUCGGCCUUAUUGAACGCACUUACAACAACUUAUACUAAAUGAUAAUUGUGUAUUAAUCAAAGUGCAAAUAAAUAAAAUCGUCUGUCAGU